AUGCUUUGCUCGCCCGUCAUCAGCAAUGUCCUCGUCACCAAAACCCUCGUCGAAGGUGGAUCGGGGCUCAAUGUUCUUUCCAUCGAGACAUUUGACCGCCUCCAGGUACUAUAUGACCAGCUGCAACCAACCAAGACCUUCUCAGGAGUGACCGACAGCUCCAGUACCCCGAUAGGGCAGAUCCGCAACCCUAUCACCUUCGGCCAACGCGACAACUACCGCACCGAACUCAUCGACUUCAUCGUCGCUCACAUCUGCCUCCUGUACAACGCCAUCCUUGGGUAUCCAGCCCUGGCCAAGGUCACGGCGAUGACCCACCACGGCUACAACGUCCUUAAGAUGCCUAGGAAUCGCGACAUCAUCACGAUCGCUUGCGAGGAGAAGGAAGCGGUGUGCUCCCUCGUGCGCCCUUACUAG